AUGGGUUUUCAGACUAUAGAAUAUGAUCCUAUGUGCGACCAGGAUAAUCCUCAAAAGAUCUCAUUUGAGGACGUUUCAGCGGCUGCUUUUAGGAUCCAGAGUGGAAUUAUAAAAACGCCAUGCGUGAAAUCCCAUAUGUCUAAAAGUUAUGGAAUGGAAAUAUUUCUCAAAAAUGAUUUUCUGCAACAUACUGGAAGUUUUAAAGAACGAGGUGCUCGGAAUGCUUUGCUCUUACUACCACCGGAAGCGAAAUCCCGCGGAGUAAUAUCAGCAUCUCUUGGAAACCACUCGCAAGGACUCAGUUACCACGCCAAUCAACUGAAUAUUCCGACCACAGUAGUUAUGCCAAACGUAGCUCCCAUCAUGAAGAUUGAAAAUUGUCGUUCGUAUGGUGCAAAUGUUGUUGUACACGGUCACGAUAUGAAGGAAGCAAAGUUCCACGCUAUGACAUUGGCUAAGGAGAAAGGGCUAACAUACAUCAAUGGGUACGACCAUCCUCACAUAAUGGCAGGGCAGGGCACAGUAGGCUUGGAAAUACUUGAGCAAGUUCCUGACGUCGACGCCAUAUUAGUUCCCGUAGGGGGAGGGGGGUUGCUUGCCGGAGUCGCUACAGCAGUUAAGCAUCUUAAGCCCCAUGUUCUAAUAUAUGGUGUGGAGACAGAAAAAUGUCCAAGUAUGGAAGAAGCCAUACGUCAAAAGGCUCCGUACAGUGUGGACAUUCGUUCGACAUUGGCAGACGGACUUGCCGUUCCCACAGUCGGAUAUAACGCCUUCUUCACUGUCAAAUCUCUAAUCGAUAAAAUGAUUACAGUCAAUGAAGACUGGCUCGCUCGUGCCAUCCUACGGCUUGUGGAGCAAGAGAAGUACGUAGUAGAAGGUGGUGGUGCUGUCGGGGUAGCAGCCAUAAUGGCCGGUCUUGUACCUGAAUUGGCGAAUAAAAAGGUUGUCUGUAUACUAUCAGGCGGGAACAUAGACACGACUAUACUGGGAAGAUGUCUCGAACGAGGAUUAGCAGCAGAGCAGCGUCUGGUUAAGUUUAAAGUGACUGUAAGCGACCGACCCGGUGGUAUUGCAGAACUGUGCAAGCAUUUAGCAUCUCUUGGUGUCUCUAUAAAGGAUAUGAUGCAGGAACGAGCUUGGGUGUAUGGAGAUAUUUUUAGUGUUCGAGUAAAGGUAGUCUGUGAAACACGAGGACCAGAACACAUGACAGAAUUACGUAACAUUAUAAUGGAUACAUACAAGGAAUGGUACUUUGCGCAGGAGUGGGAUGAACGACACCGUCGCCCUAGUAGAGACUCAUUAGAUGAUGUAUCGCAUUAA